AUGGCUUGGUUUUUUACCUUUCUUCUUUUUUUUCUUCUCUCCUCCGUUAAUGCUUGUGAUCGUUGUAUUUCUCAAUCUAAAGCGGCUCAUUAUUACGAGGAUGCCCCUACUUCAUAUGGAGGUGCAUGUGGGUAUGGAAAUUUGGCCUUGGAAAUGUCUCGAGGUUAUUUUGCAGCUGCUGUACCUUCUCUCUACCGACAAGGAAUGGGUUGUGGUGCCUGCUAUCAGGUAAGAUGCAAGAAUGCAACAUUGUGUAACACAAUGGGAACCAAAAUUGUUUUGACAGAUCACAACUCUGAUAACAGAACAGAUUUUGUUCUUAGUAAAAAGGCUUUUUCAGCUAUGGCUUUAAAUGGGAAAGGCCAAGAACUUUUGAAAAUUGGAAUUGUUGAUAUUGAAUACAAGAGGAUACCUUGUGAAUACAAUAAAAAUUUAUUAAUACAAGUAGUAGAAUGGAGCCACAAACCAUAUUAUUUGGCUAUUAAAUUCCUCUACCAAGGAGGCCAAACAGAUAUAACAGCGGUCAACCUAAGAGCUCAGGAUGAUUCUGGAGAUUGGCAAUACAUGAAAAGAAACUAUGGAGCUAUUUGGGAUACAAAUAAAGUGCCAGAAGGGGCAAUAAAGCUAGUGGUGAUUGUAGUUUCAGGGUACAAAAAUGGGAGAGGAAUAAUGAUAAAUUAUGCACUUCCUGCUGAUUGGAAAAAUGGAGAGAUUUAUGAUACUGGAAUUCAAAUCAAGGAUAUUGCUACUGAAGCUUGCAAUCCUUGGAGAUGUGGUGAGGAACCAUGGAAAUGAUCAAGGUUUAAUUAUAUAUAACUUUUCACAAAUAUAUUCAAAGUUUUAGUUACAAAUAAAAUGUGUGUAAUUUU